UAAAUUUCUCUUCUUCCCCAAAAAAAAAAAAAGGAAAGAUAUUUUUUUUUCUCCACUACUACUACAGUACUAGAGAUAUAACCUCUUCGUCUUCAAUUCUUCAGUUGUUCAAUUUCUUCAUCCUCGAUUCUUCCCAAAUCCUUGUUCCGAAACACACAAAAAUCUAGAUGGCUGUGAAAAGCAAAACGAAGAAACGGGAUGAACCAGAGUCAGAUCUGUGCUUUGCGGGGAAACCAAUCUCUGUUGUGGAAUCUAUGAUUAGAUGGCCUCUUCGCUACCAAGUCAAGAAACCUAAGCUUGAUGAUACUACUCCCAAUAAAACUGCCGCCUUAAACGGUGCCAAAGAAGAAGAGAUCAAACAAGCGAAACGUCACUACGAGCAAGCUUUGGUUGAUGGCGUUCUCAUCAAUCUCAAUGACGAUGUCUACGUCACGGCUGAUCCAGGGAAAGCAAAUUUUAUUGCAAAAGUUAUUGAACUCUUUGAAGCUGCUGAUGGGGAGCCAUACUUUCGAGCUCGGUGGUUCUACAGACCAGAUGAUACUGUGAUCGAAAGAUUUAAGCAACUUGUGGAAGAAAAGAGAGUGUUUUUAUCAAAUGUGGAAGACGACAAUCAUUUGAGUUGCAUUCACUCAAAAAUCAAUAUUGCCAAAGUCCCAUUACCGAAGAUUGAUUCACGAGCUUCAGAAAGAAUAAUUCCUCCAUGUGAUUUUUUUUAUGAUAUGAAAUACGAGCUUCCACAUCUGACUUUUGCAAAGGCAGAUGACGCAGAUAGCGCUUCAUCCUCAACCAUUUCAAGCGAUUCUGACUCCAAUUGCAUAGUGAAUCCUCACAGUGAUGAAAAAUUCUUACUGGAUCUUUACAGUGGCUGUGGAGCAAUGUCCACUGGUUUUUGCAUGGGGGCCUCCAUAUCAGGAGUAAAACUGACUACGAAAUGGGCUGUGGAUCUAAAUCGUUCUGCUUGUGAUAGUCUUAGACUUAAUCAUCCUGAGACAGAGGUGAGAAAUGAAGCUGCAGAAGACUUUCUAGUUCUUCUCAAGGAAUGGAAAAAGCUUUGUGAGAAGUUUUCCCUCAUUUCCAGCACUGAACCAAAGGAAUCAAUUUCUGAGUUGGAAGCUGAAGAAGGUGACGAAGAAGAUGACAUAGAUGAGACAAGUAUUGAUACUGAACUCUCACCUGGAGAGUUUGAAGUACAAGAGUUCAGGGACAUCGCUUUCGGAGAUCCUAAUGACAAAGGGGAAAAGUCACUUCAUCUUAAGGUGAGGUGGAAAGGCUAUGGUCCUGAUGACGAUACAUGGGAGCCUUAUGCUGGCUUAGGAAAUUGCAAGGAUAAACUAAAAGAGUUUGUGACAAAUGGCUUUAAGUCUAAUCUGUUACCCUUACCUGGCACCGCUUACUCGGUCUGCGGUGGCCCCCCCUGUCAAGGGAUCAGUGGUUAUAACCGUUUUAGAAACAAACAAGCACCGCUUGAAGAUACGAAAAACCAGCAAAUUUUGGUGUUUUUGGACAUCAUUGACUUCCUCAAACCAAAGUACGUGCUUAUGGAAAAUGUUGUAGACCUUCUCAAGUUUUCGAACGGAUAUUUGGCACGUCAUGCUGUUGCUACCUUUGUUGCGAUGAACUAUCAAACAAGGUUGGGCAUGAUGGUAGCGGGAUCUUAUGGUGUCGCUCAACUUAGAAACCGAGUUUUUCUAUGGGCUGCGCAACCAACAGAGAAACUGCCUCCAUACCCUCUGCCCACUCAUGAGGUUCUGAAAAUGUUCCACACCUCUGUAGAAUUUGAGGAUAUUCAAGUUGGCCGUAUCCAAAAGGAGAUUCUCAAAUUAGAAGAUGCUCUUACACUGGCUGAUGCUAUUAGUGAUCUACCACCGGUGACAAAUUAUGAAAAAAAUGAUGUAAGGAAUUAUAAUGUUGCUGGUCCUAAGACAGAUUUCCAAAAAUAUAUUGCGUUGAAAAGAUCUGAGACACUACUACCCGUAAUUGGUGGAGAUUCGUCGCACAUGUUAUUCGAUCACCAGCCAUUAAAGCUGAGCACUAACGACUUGGAAAGAAUCUCGUAUAUACCAAAAAAGAAGGGGGCUAAUUUCCGGGAUAUGCCUGGUGUUUUAGUUCAUAAUAACAAAGUGCAAAUUGACGAUUCGGUGAAGCGAGCAAAGUUGAAAUCUGGAGAUAAUGUGGUCCCUACUUAUGCAAUUAAAUACGUAAAAGGAACAUCAAAAAAGCCGUUUGGUCGCUUGUGGUGGGAUGAAAUUGUUAACACAGUAGUGACAAGAGCUGAACCUCACAACCAGUGUGUAAUCCAUCCGAAGCAAGACCGUGUGUUGUCUGUUCGUGAGAACGCCAGACUACAAGGGUUCCCUGAUUGUUACAAGCUGUGUGGCACAAUUAAGGAAAAGUACAUCCAGGUUGGAAAUGCGGUGGCUGUUCCUGUAGGGGUUGCGUUAGGAUAUGCAUUUGGCAUGGCGAGUCAAGGACUGACCGAUGAUAAUGAGCCUGUAAUGAAGCUUCCCUUCAAGUAUCCUGAAUGCAUGCAGGCAAAGGCAGAGGAUCAAUCUGAUUGACAAUCUCUCCAUCCAAAAAGCCUCAAUGAUGAAAUUAUCUCUUAUCUUUAAGAGUCGUACUCCAGUUAUCUAGACUUGUCUUAGUGUUCUUCUUUUUAUUUGGUUUUGAGCUAAAAUGCUCAAACAUUUGCUUUAAUUGUUAGCUCUGAUCGCUUUCGUUCUUGUUAGUUUAUUAUUUGAUCUUUUGGAAACACAACAUUUCAAUUUAUUUAUCGAUCUUUGAUCUCUAGAUUCAAGACAACUA